GUGGGGGUGGAGGCGGAGGCGGCUUCUUAGGCAGCGGCAGGCGCCGGUAUAGGGCCGCUUUGGACUCAGCGAGCGAGCCAGCCGCCCCGUCGUCGGAGCAGCGGUGCAAGCCAGGCCGGGAAGGAGCCGCCGCCGCCAUGCCGGGCGCGCUGCGGGAGGAGACGGCGCAGCUGGUGGCCGACUACUUGGCACACCGGCUGGGGGGCGCGGCGCUGCCGCCCAGCCGCACGGCCGAGACGCUGCGGCGGGUGGCCGACGAGCUGGAGAGCCGCGAGCGGCCGUUUUUCCGGCGCGCCUGCAGCGCGGAAGCCUUACCGGCGCCGGGCGAGGCGGCUGCGCUGCUGGGCCGGGUGGCGGAGCAGAUGGAAGCCGAGGGCGGCCUCAACUGGGGCCGGGUGGUGGCGCUGGUCGUGUUCGCGGGCAACCUGGCGGCCGCCCUGGCCGAGCGGGGCGCUGCGGAGGAGGACGCGGGCGCCCUGACCCAGGUGCUGGCGGACUACUUGGCCGGGGAGAAGCGAGAGUGGCUGGAAGCGCACGGCGGCUGGGAUGGCUUUUAUCACUUCUUCAACAAACACGGCUCUGAUGCAGCUGACCAGAACAGUACAAUAAGCAAUGCCAUAAUGGCGGCCGCAGGAUUUGGCCUGGCAGGGUUGGCCUUCCUCUUAGCUGUGCGAUAAGAUUUCAUCGGUGGACUUGACAUUGGGGAAAGGGAGGAAGAGCUGCAGAAAACGCCAACAAACUGGUGGAGAGUCCAUUCUAUAUUUCUACAACACAGUUGAAGACAGAAGCUUAUAUUUUUAAACUGGUAUUGAGGGACGGUUGGGGCAGAACGUCGAUGAAGCACAUCCUGACUCGGCAGUGCAAAUGGAAACCGAUGCCUCUUAAUGCUAGUUCGGAGUGUAGACAUCUUCUGGACCUUGGUGGGAGAACUGUUACCUUUCACAACUCCUGUUCUGGUAACUGCUGAGUGCUAGAUGUUAUGCUACAUGUUAAUGGUUGGGCCUAGAGUGAAGGGGUGUGCUUGGAUUUCUCUGUACACGUGUAUGUCGGGGUGAAGAUGUUGCUUUGUGAAAUGUGAGCCAGUAUUAGCAUGAAUGAAGAGCUUAAUUUGAUCCGUGGUGCCAUGCAAAUGGUACCACGGCUGCUCAUCAGUACAUCGCUGCAAGGUCCAUAUCGCACAGAGCGCUAUAACUUACAUGUGUUUUGUUAUUAUGACAUUAAACUACACUACAACUAGGUGACAAGAAUGUUGAUACCAAAACAGUAACAGCUGCAGAACCAGUUCUGAAGUGAAUUUAACUAUUGAAAGACCUUUUAAAAAGUGGAAGUCCAUUGAAGGCUGGGAUUUCUGUGGAUUUCCUAUCCAACCCAGAAGCUCCAUAUAACUUAAUAUAUUUUUGAAGUAUUUAUCAAUGUAUAAUACUGGUAGCUAUUAACAUCUAUUUUUGUUGCGUUCAAUUGUGUGUGUUUUUUAAAAAAGGCUCUCUCAGCUGUCUAGUUUAAUGGUUCUAGGUUGGGUAUUGUUUUGUGCAUUGUAAAAAUAGUCUCCAGAAUGUCAGUUUCCUUUAGCUUGUACAGUUUUAAUAUGUGAAUAAAUAUAACUGAAUAUUUUUAUUUUAAAA